AUGUCCGCUCCCAUCACUUCUCAAACCCCCGCCGAGUUCAAGUCUAGGGAAUCCUAUGAUCGCUCCCAGCCUGGAUUUGCCACCUACAGACGCAGAAUUGCCAACCCAUCUCCUCUUGGCUUGUUUGCCUUCGCUCUGACCACUUGGGCAGUUUCGCUCUAUGCUGUCCAGACCCGCCAUGUCAAGAUUGCCAACCUCUCCUUGGCACUUGCACUUGCCCUUGGUGGUCUUACCCAACUCUUGGCUGCCAUGUGGGAGUUCGUGACCGGCAACACUUAUGCAGUUACUAUGUUUGGUAUGCUCUCUGGAUUCUAUCUCAGCGCAGGAACGAUCUUCUGGGCCGGCAGCGGUAUCGAAGAUGCUUAUGAGGGUACUGGAAGCUGGACCGACGCUCUUGGUAUCUAUUUCUCCGCUUGGUUCAUCUUCUCUGUCGUCAUGCUUGUCGCAUCUGUUCGCGCUAGUGUUGUCAUGACCACUCUCUGGUCUUCCAUCGUCAUGACCAUCAUGCUCGCUAUGAUCUCCGCUUUCGUCGAAGAGGUCAAGGUCCAGAAAGCCGCCGGUGCCUUUGGUAUCCUUACUUCUGCUAUUGCCGCCUGGGCUGGUGCCGCCGGUAUCUGGACUAAGGAUCAUGCAUUCUUCGAUCUCCCCACUGAUUCUCACCGCCCUGAUGCUGCUGUCUAA